CUCACUGUGCCACUUUCUCGGUCACGAUCAUCAGGAUCCCCGGAGUUACAGUGGUAGCGGAAGUAGUGGUUAUAUAAGGCACAGUGAGCUUUGCAGCAGAUGCGACUAAGUAAGUAAAUACCACAUACGUUGAAGUAAUCAAACCAGCAUAAAGGUCAACACACACAAGAUGAGUAACCCGCCUGGGUGGCAGGAACUAGACCCAAUGGUCAGCGACAUUUCGCAGGACGAAGAAAUGGACGAUGCAACCAUAGAUAACGCCGAUAGUCUGGUGGUUGGGUCUCCAGAUAGAUCAGCUGAAAGGGAGACUAUGCAUACCCCGGAGCAGAUUCCGAGUCGCAGAUCAUCACCCAGCCGCGCGAUCAUGGAUGGAAGAGAGCUGAGCAACGCUGUCUCCAGAGGUUCACGGCCAUCGCAACCGUAUGGACCGUCUCGGAGCAGGAGCAGAGUGACAUCGCGAUCAGCAUCUCCUAGUCAGAAAUCAGUCGACACUACUGAUAAUCGAGUCGCAGUCAAUGCUUCCCCUCCUAGACCGCCGAGAGCUACUGCAAAUGAUAUCAUCAAUGGAGUAACUUCUGCCGUGCAGCAACAGGUUGGGCAACUAGUCCAAGUGCAAAAUCAAAUUAACCAGAGCCUAACUGCGGAACAGGCAAGUCUAGGCACAAGGCAGGAAGUGUUAGGCGAUAGGCAAACAGUGCUAAAUUCGCAGCAACACGAGUUGGGUUCCCAUCAGGUAGCAAUUGCCGCACAGAACGCUGAACUAGCGCAAGCACAUGGAGCAACCACUGCCGCACAACAAGAAAUAGCACAGGAAGUAGUCAACGAAAAGGCGAAACUACAACAGUUGAAAGAUGACACUUCUCGCAUCUUGAAUGAAGUGCGAGCUGGACAAGAAUCUUCUUCCACUAACAAUGCAGUCUUCCUAUCGCAGCUACAAGAAAUCAACAAGAAGAACACGGAUAGAGAAGAGAAGCAGCAACAACAAAACAAGCAACUUCUAGAAGAGUUACGCGCUGCGAAGGAGAAAAUGCACGAGCAAGAGCUGAAAUUCGUGAAGUCUAACCUAGAAGCAGAAGCGCGACUCUCAGAUAUGCAGACUCGUGUUGAAAAGAGAGUCAGGGAGCUAGAGGCGGAGCGAACGCGAGCUACUGCUACCAAUGUGGGGGUCGGAGUUCAUCUGCCGCCUGUUCCUCCUGCUACAGUGACAAGUCACCAUGGUGGCAGCCAAGAAUGGAGCUGGUGUGAGGACGUGGGUUGCCAAGCCUGGUCGUACUUUCGCAGAGGAUGGUGCGUCGGAUGCAGUAAGAACUACUGUGACAGACAUCUGGGAACUCAUCUUUGCAGGUCAGCAGGGUCAAGUACUGAAGUAGCACCCAUGCAGCAGAAAGGGAAAGGGAAAAAUAACCCGCAAGUGAGUAACUACCUUGGCAUUGGACUAGCUCGCACAGGAGUUGUGCAGGAAGUAAACUUGAGUGCAGGAGCAGAAUCAUCAGUAGGAGGACCAUCCAAGUCGUCGCAGGGUACAAGCAACAUCCCCAACUACUUCGCAGGAGGUGUUAGCCCGGCAAUGGUGGAUGCGCUACGGUCUGAUGCUAAUCCACAGGGAUUCAUUGGCGCUGGACUGAUUAACCAGCCGUCUGCUCAGAUCAUUUCUGGUUUUGGAGUCAGUAACAACCAUACAAACCCACUUACAACUGCGACUGCUGGCAUCAACAACUUCAUGAAUAUCAGGGUUCAAAGAGCAGAAGACAACAUGCUUAGUGAGCAAGUGCGAUUGACCCAAUUUGGUAUGAUGGGGCAUGUGCCAGAAAUCAACAUCUUUCGAGAGUCCCAACUAGAUAGCGCAGCAGCAGCUCGAGUUGGUGACAAGGAAUGGGCGGAAUACGCUCCCAAUGACAAGGUGCCUAAGCUGGAUGAGUGCCGCAACCUACGGGCAUUCAUUGCGGAGUUGAUGGUGCAGAUCAGAACAAUGAUGCGGAAGGGGAAGUACUUGAGACUAGAGCACGAGCAACAUCUGGUCAAGUCCAUCUUACUGAAGCACUGCCACAACGACGCUACUAUGAAGAGCAUGCUGAGGAUGAGAAUCAUUGUGGACGACGACCCAUCUACUUGGCUUCUAGACCGGUAUGUUCUGCUCCUCGCGAGUGCUAAACCGCACAUGACACUUCUCUACAUUGAACGCAUAAACGCGUGGUCUCUCAAGACGUGGAAGAAACGUCCCGGGACCUCCCUGCUGGAUGAGUUGAAUCGCGUGGAAGCAGCAGCAGAAAUGGUAGGCUAUGCAUUACAGCAGAACACAAUACUAGGUAGACUGGUGGUGGCAGAUGAAGUGCGCAAUCGUGUCGAUAUCCCCGCAGCGUUUGAGCAGAAGAUCAAGGAACGACUUCAGGUAGUAGAGUGGAGUUGGGAGGAACUAAAGCAGGCUGCCAUUUUGGAAGCCGGAAUCCGUACGAUAGAUACUCUUCGUAGUGCAGGAAAGUCGAUAUUUGAUGUGCAGAGACUGGAAGAUGGCGCAGUUCCAGACGCGAGUACGAUUGCAGAUAUCCAGGCGCUGUACCCGAAGUUUGGCGAUAAGUUCAAACGUCGCAACUCCGAACCAAACGGAGCGAUCAGGAGUGGUGCGAUGGUAAGGUCAGCUUCCGCUCCUCCGACCUUCAAUGGAAAGUGUCGCAAAUGCGGUCGAUAUGGUCAUAUGAAGAAGUACUGCAAGGAACCAGAGCCAUUGUGCUUCUUGUGUUCCAAGCCAGGCCAUAUCCGCAGAGAUUGUCCUCAGGCUAACGUCGGCGACAAACUGGCACCAGAAGAAAAGGCUUUAGGGUUCGCCCGCCGCAUGCAGAAGGAAGGAGCACAAGAUCAGAGUACGAAGGUCACGAUCCACAUGGUAGCCAUCAACCAGGCGAAUGGGCGCGUUGUGGAUUCGGAGGAACUCUUCGAAGACGUAGAGUCUGCAGCUGCGGGUGAUCAUCUACAGGCACUAGAAGUCAUGAUCCAAUCCUUCAGGUGCAACGACAUCGACAACAACAUUGCAAAGAACGGCACGUCUGUGGCGAAGACCGAUAGUAGUGAUGAUCCAGAUCGUGACAAUGUUUCUCCAGCUGUUGCCGGAAACGGAGGAGGCGAAAACAAUUUCUCUUAG